AUGUCGACGGCAAACGUGAAAGAAAGAGAAAAAGGAGGAAAUGGUAAGCUGACUCGUUUACAAGUUGUUGUUUUCUUUUGUGUAACGCUUUCGGUUACUGUUCCGAGGCGCCCUGAUUUAUUCUCGUACCUUAGUGACAAAUUUACGUUUAUGACCAAAGUAGCAAAAUGUGGAAUUGAAUUGCUCUUACGCCCUCAACUAUUAUACUAA